AUGACCGACGUCUGGUCUGGUGGUAUUGUGUACAUGUACUUCGAAGAGAGCAACAAGUACGGUUUGGUUUCCAUCGAUGACCUGGGCUCUGUUUCUACUUUGGACGACUUCAACAACUUGAAGUCUGAGCUCGCUUCCAUCUCGCCUUCUCUUGCCUCUGCCAGCUCUGGUGUUUCUGCUUCCGUCACCUCUUGCCCUUCAGUUGGUGCCUUCUGGGCUGCUGCCACCGCUUUGCCUCCUACCCCAGACCAGGACAUCUGUAACUGUAUGGUGAAGGCUGCCGGCUGUGUUGUUGACGACUCGGUUGACGAAGAGGACUACGGUGACCUUUUCGGUAUUGUGUGUGGCCUUGUGGACUGCUCUGGCAUCAGCGGCAACGCCACUACUGGAAAGUACGGCUCUUACUCUGGUUGUGACUCCAAAGCCCAAUUGGACUUUGCCCUCAACUUGUACUACGAGUCCAACGGCAAGGAUUCGUCUGCCUGUGACUUCUCUGGCCUGGCCCUGACCCAGAAGCCUGCCACUGCUUCGAGCUGUUCCGCUUACCUUUCCUCCGCCGGAGUGUCUGGUUUGGGAUCUCUUAGUGGCGAUAUUGCUGCUGCUUCUGCUGCCACCACUGACGCUGCCGCUUCCGGUUCCGCUGCUGCUUCGGGAUCGGGUUCGGGCUCUGCUUCUGGCGCUGCUUCCACUUCCGGCUCGUCCAACUCUACCUCCUCUUCUUCCAAGAAGAGUGGUGCUGCUUCGACCAACUCCGCUUGGACCUCUGUGUUUGGCGCUAUGGUUCUUGCUGUGGGCUUCCUUUUCGCUUAG